AUGCUCGACGUCCUCGACUUCAUCGCCGACCGCGGCGGCAACCCGGAGAAGAUCAAGAAGUCGCAGCGCCGCAGAUAUGCCAACCCGGACGUGGUCGACGAGAUCAUCGCCAUGUGGGAGGACCAUCGGAAGACCCAGUAUGCCGCGACCCAGAUCAACAGCAAGAUGAACGACCUGAACAAGCAGAUCGGCGCGAAGAAGAAGGCCAAGGAGAACGCCGACGACCUCCUGAAGCAGAAGGCCGACUUCGACAAGGAGAAGAAGGCGCUGCUCGAGUCGGCGGCGCUGAAGGACAUCGCGCUGCAGGCCAAGGUCAAGACCAUCGGCAACAUCGUGCACGACUCGGUGCCAAUUAGUGAUAAUGAGGACAACAACGCGGUGCUGCGCACGUGGGCGCCCGAGGGCGUCGUCGUGGAGAAGAAGGAGAACGUGCUGUCGCACCACGAGGUGCUGCUGCGGAUAGACGGGUACGAUCCCGAGCGUGGAUCCAAGAUCGUGGGACACCGUGGUUACUUCCUCAAGCAGUGGGGUGUCUUCCUCAACCAGGCCCUCAUCAACUAUGGCUUGGAGUACCUCAUGGGGAAGGGCUUCACGCCCCUGCAGACGCCGCAGUUCAUGCUCAAGGAGUACAUGGCGAAGACCGCCCAGCUGGAACAAUUCGACGAGGAGCUGUACAAGGUGGUCGACGGCGGUGCGCAGAACGAUAAGUACCUCAUCGCCACCUCAGAACAACCCAUCUCGGCGUUCCAUGCCGAUGAGUGGAUCAUUGCCAAGGAGCUUCCCAUCAAAUAUGCUGGAUUCAGCACCUGCUACCGACGUGAGGCCGGCUCUCACGGUCGUGAUGCUUGGGGUAUCUUCCGUGUCCAUCAGUUCGAGAAAGUGGAACAGUUCGUCCUCACGGAUCCUGAGAAGUCGUGGGAGAUGUUUGACGAGAUGUUCGCCAACUCCGAGGGUUUCUAUCAGUCACUUGGAUUGCCAUGGUACGUGAAUGCCUCUUAUACCGGAGCUAUAGGCUUGAAGACUGACUUUACCGCAGUACACCAAGUAGUAGCGAUUGUCUCGGGUGCCCUGAACAACGCGGCGGCCAAGAAGUAUGACCUGGAGGCAUGGUUCCCGUACCAAGGGGAGUACAAGGAGCUGGUGUCUUGCUCAAACUGCACAGACUACCAGUCGCGGGCGCUGGAGAUCAGAUUCGGCACCAAGACACAGACGGACGUGAAGAAGAAGUAUGUCCACGCUCUCAACUCGACCUUGACGGCGACAGAACGGGCGCUGUGCUGUGUACUUGAGAACUACCAGACGGAAGAUGGCCUACGAGUACCUGAAGUAUUGCGCAAAUAUCUGCCGGGCGCUCCUGAGUUCAUCCCUUUCACCAAGGAGCUGCCGAAGGACUCGACCUCUGAGAAGGCCAAGGCCAAGGCCACAGGCACGGCGGAGAAGGGCGCGAAGUCAAAGGUGGCUGCUGCGGGCGAAGCUGUCGCGCAGGCGGGUGAGAAGAUAAAGAACAUGGCGGUAUGA